AUGAUGGAUAUCAAGCCAUCACGUCCUGUGCGUUUUACACGCGUCAAGAACGAUGAAAAUAUGCCUCCCAACGGCACGCUCACGAAAUCGUUUCACCAACGCAACAAGUCCAGUCCAGCUCUUACUUCCAUCCCAGGUGGUCACGCCCUCAAAGCUGCAGCCAAACGUACCGCCUUUGCAGACGUGAGCAACAUCGUAUCCACCAUCAGAGAUGAUUCAAUUCUACAUACAAAGCCUGUGCUCCAGCCUGCUUCGAAACCAAUCCACUCUCUGAACGAAAGAAAGUCAACCGCACUCCUCAAACCCGCGCAGAGACCUUAUUCCGUGACCCAUUUCAAGCCCACGUCAACGGCGACUCACACACAUAUCACAUCAGAUGUUGUCGCAAAGCAACCGCUGGGAGAUGAUGGUGCAUCUCAGCUACCUAUCCCAAGGAAGACAUUGAGCAAGAGACCAACGAUGAUCUUCAAGGACGUUAAUGGAGCAUCGGACAAUGUUCACAAGCCCAUUGACCCAGUCGUCUCUUGUAUACCGACAAUCAACGAACAUGUCAAAACCGAGUCUGGGAAAACCCUCGAAAACCUUCCCACCCUUCCACCUCUGUCCUCAAUCACUCAUGUUCCCACUGAACCGCUAAAAUCCCUGACCGAGGUCAGAUCCGAUAUCAGCCUCCCAGAGCUUCAUGGAGUUAGCCUGGACCCUACUCCUUUGUACAGCGAAAUCUGCGGAGCCCUCGUUCAAGACGGCAUGCCAAUGAUAGAACCUACUAAACCUCAGGUCGCACACUCACAGGUCCACGACAGCACACAUACGACCGGGCCUCUACCAUUACCCAAUAUUGUUGCCGCCCCCACAAUGGUCGCAACAACGCAAGUUACUGUUGCAAGUCUCAUGAACCCAGUCACCAAUGUCCCUGCCUUGAACCCUCACCACACCGAUCAUGAACCUUCCCUGGAGCCCGAAGAGUACUGGGAUGACGAAGAUGAGGAAAAUUAUGACGAGGAAGGCUAUGUGACCGCAAGAUCAUUCCGAUCUAAAGGCGAAAACACCACUGGAGGUGCUACUGCGGUUCUCUUCCCCCAGGUCAACAAUCGAGUCCGAAAGGAAAUUGCUGCUGCAAAGCAGUUGGUAGAGGCGACAAGAUCUCCCGAAGAAAUUGAGGACGAAAGUUACGACACCAGUAUGGUUGCCGAGUAUGGUGAUGAGAUCUUUGAUUACAUGAAACAGCUUGAAGUCAAAAUGCUUCCAAAUGCUCACUACAUGGAUAAUCAACACGAAAUUCAAUGGUCGAUGCGUUCUGUUCUGAUGGACUGGUUGGUACAAGUACAUCAUCGAUUCAACCUUCUGCCAGAGACCCUGUUCCUCUGUGUCAAUUACAUCGAUCGAUUCUUGUCUUGCAAAGUUGUGUCUCUUGCGAAGCUACAGCUGGUGGGAGCAACUGCCAUAUUCAUUGCUGCCAAGUACGAAGAGAUCAACUGCCCAUCGGUACAAGAAAUCGUCUACAUGGUCGACGGUGGCUAUACCAUUGAUGAGAUUCUCAAGGCUGAACGAUUCAUGCUGACUAUGCUACAAUUCGAGUUGGGUUGGCCAGGCCCAAUGAGCUUCCUACGAAGGAUCAGCAAGGCUGACGACUAUGACCUGGAAACACGAACUUUGGCGAAGUACUUCUUGGAAGUCACAUUGAUGGAUGAACGAUUUAUCGGGAGUCCUCCAAGCUUCACUGCGGCGACAUCACACUGCCUUUCCCGCUUGAUGCUUCGAAAAGGCACAUGGUCUCCUCAUCAUGUCUAUUACUCCGGGUACACCUUCUCUCAGCUCAAGCCCAUGCUCAACUUGCUCUUGGAGUGUUGUGAAGAUCCAAGAAAGCACCACGCAGCAGUGUACAACAAAUACUGUGACAAGCGUUAUAAGAGAGCCUCGGCGUUCGUCGAAACAGAGAUGCAGCGUGGCUUUCGUUUACCCGAUCCAGUCUCAAUCCCGAAUUUAUCACAGCCGGCCCCUAUCGAAUACUACGACAGUGUUUCAUUCUUCCGAGGUUGA